AUGUCUUCUAGAGAGAAUUACAUAUCGGCCACUGAGGAGCUAGAAAGGACUGAGCAACAAAAUACUUCAGGAAAUGCUUGGUCCCCUGUUGCUGUAUCACUGGCACUUCAUCCUCAGCACCAAGUUACUGUUCGGGUGGACGAAAUACCACAAGUCACAGCUUCGCAAGAUAGAUUUUCGGAAGACACCAAUUCUCAAGAGCUUGCUGAAAAUGUCGAUUUUGUCGAGAUUCUUGAAGGUGAAGGACCUUCUGGUAAUCAUACAGAGGCAGGAAGCCAACCGAACGACCAAGCUCUCACUCUGCAGGAAAAUAAUUUGCAAGAUGAAAUUCAUUCCGAUACUACUUCUUCCGGCGAUUCUGAGAGUAGUAAUCCUGCCGAAAACGAAGAGCUUUUGGAUGUGCCACAGGAUGCUGCUGUUGAGGACAUACAGGCUCAUAAUGCUGGGAUCCUGACCGCAUUUGAACAGUUUCUUCAAAUCAGGUUCCCAGAAAGCCUUUCAAAUAAUCGGAAUGUAGUGGAAGCUAUCAGGCUCUACACGCAACAAUUGAACGACCGUAAUGGCAGUGGCACCACUCCAGCUUCGACAAUCGAAAUCAAUGAAGGAGUACCAGUCGCAACGGUAUCUGUAGAGACAAUGGAGUCUUUCUACGAUUACUACGCAACCUUAAGCCCACGCCAGUCUUACGCAUAUAUCGAGAAGAAUUCCAGAAACCAGGCCAUCGACGAGCUUUUGAUUCCAGUCCUGAUUGACGAAACGCAAACGGAAUGGGUCCAAUGCCCAAUCUGCAAUGAAAACUACGACUCAAAUGCAGAAAAUGGUGCUUCUCAUAGCGCUUGUAUGGUACCAGGCUGUAAGCAUGUUUUUGGGCGAGAAUGUAUCAACAUAUGGCUCAAGCAAGAGAAAAAGAACACAUGUCCGAUGUGCCGCGCUAAACUCGACAUUCCAACUGACUCUGAAGAUGAUGACGAUGAUUGA